CAAAAACAGACACAGAGAGAAAGAAACCAGAGAGUCUUGACUCUUUUACAGUUGAUGUGGUGACUCGCGUAAUGGCUUCUAAGCUCUGUGACUCUUGCAAAUCGGCCACGGCGACUCUCUUCUGCCGUGCCGACUCGGCGUUCCUCUGCGUAAACUGCGAUACCAAGGUCCACGCUGCCAACAAGCUCGCUUCCCGCCACGCGCGUGUCUGGGUCUGCGAGGUCUGCGAGCAAGCCCCGGCCCAUGUUACCUGCAAAGCCGACGCCGCGUCUCUCUGCGUCACCUGCGACCGCGACAUCCACUCGGCCAACCCACUAGCUCGCAGGCACGAACGAGUCCCUGUUACCCCGUUCUACGAUUCGGUGAGUUCCACCAAUUCCACCGCCGUCAAACCCGGCGCCCCCAUCAACCUCCUUGAAGACCGUUACUACUCUGACGACGUCGAGGCAGAAACUGAGGUUAGCACCGAAGAGGCGGAAGCCGCUUCCUGGCUGCUACCCAACCCUAAGGCCAUGGAAAGCCCGGAUCUGAAUUCGGGUCAGUACGUGUUCACCGACGUGGAUCCGUAUUUGGAUGUGGAUUACGGUGCUGUGGAUCGGAAAUUGGAAGUUCAGGAGCAGAACAGUUCCGGCACCGACGGAGUUGUGCCGGUGCAGACCAAGAACGCUCAUCUACCGGUGGUGAACGAGCAAUGCUUCGAAAUGGAAUUUCCGGUUUCGAAACAGCCUUUCGUCUACGGCUACAGCGCCGCUCACUGUCUGAGCCAGAGCGUAUCGUCGUCGUCCCUUGACGUCGGAGUUGUUCCCGAUGGGAACGCCAUGACCGACGUUUCGAAUCCGUACACGAAACCAAUCAGCUCGGUAAUGGAUUCGGCCCAUGCAGUGCCCAUGUCGUCGGCCGACAGGGAAGCGAGGGUUUUGAGGUACAGAGAGAAGAGGAAGAACAGGAAAUUCGAGAAGACCAUUCGCUACGCAUCGCGGAAAGCGUAUGCCGAGACCAGACCGCGAAUCAAAGGAAGGUUUGCUAAGCGUACGGACGUCGAUCUCGAAGCUGACCGUAACUAUGGAUACGGUGUCGUUCCUACGUUUUAAUUAAUUAAAUUAAUCUUAACGCUAAUGCUUUGUAUAUAGUAGGCAAGGCAGACGGUGUUUGAUCGAUGGAAUACUGACCGUCGAUUUCGUAGAAAAAGUCUAUGUAGUUUUUAAUUUUGCUUUGUACUAAUCAGCAGCAUUUUAGAUUUCAAGCUUUUUCUUAAAUUCCAA